AUGGCAUGUAUUUAAUAAAAAUAUGAUAGAUUAAGUGGAGGUGGAAUUUAUACAGAGUUUGGUUUUAAACAUGGCAAUUAAUUGGAUUGAUUUUAUUGAUCUUUUCUAAGAGUAAAGAAAAUUACAUUAAACUAUUAUAGAGAUAAUUAAGUAGUGUGUAAAGGAAUAUAAGUGGGGAUUCAAAUCAGGAAGAUGGAAUACUGAAUAUAGAAAAAAUUGUGAAGUAAUUUUGGACAAGUGUAUAAAAAAUUACUUUUAUUUGGAGAUGGCAGAUCAUAUGAUUCACAUGGUUUAAAAAGUGGUAAAUGGUUAGAAUUGA